CCUAUGGCAGCUCCUCAGACCAGCGUGAGCACUACUAGUCUCCGGUUGCCUACCCAGCGCUGCAACUGGAAGACGAGUGGGAGAAGGGGAGUAUCUGUCUUCAUGCCCUAAGAAGGAGAAAGGAAAAAGAGGAAAGGGGAGAUAGAGUAAGAAGUGCGCAUGUGAGAAAUGCAGAGUGAAUAAUUAAGAGAAAUGAGAAAGAGGGAAAGAAACAAAAACAGAAACCAAAAAACAGGAAUAGGAAGAGAGAGAGAGAGUAAAUAAGUGAGCGAAUAGGAAACAGAGAGAGGGAGUGAGCGAGAGCAUGUGAGAGGAAGGGAGGCGAACAACACUGCAGACACUCGCCCACUGUCACUGCUCCACAGCUAGAGGACAGAGGCAGCAACGGCAACAGUGGAAGUGGAUACGAUGGAGGAGGAAGACUGUGCCAUCCAUCUGCAGCUCAGUCCCCGUUGCUGACAGCCUCCCUCUGGGGCCAUCCUGUCAAGUUGGAAGCUAAAUGGGAAAAAAGGAAGAAAAGUGCUCUAUCUGUCCUUCACAAGACCAAGUACCGGACCUCAACUCCUACAGGACACACCUCAUUAUUUUUCCUCUCUUACACUCUGAUACACUUGCUCACACCCUCACUUUCUCAAACUGAAGCACACUUCACUUCUCAUUGCCUUUUGGACUAGCGUGUUUGUUGUUUUUUUCACUGCCUUCGCUGACCUUCUAAACUGAGUGGAUUUACUUUUAUCCUGUGGUGGACCAUGGGGCCGGGGUGGAGGGGUACAGCAGGGACCCUCCGUAAAAGGACAGAGGGGAGCUGGUACCUUUUGGUGACAUUGCUGCUGCUCUGUGGUUUGUGGAAGGCUCACACACAAACAGACGACGGGGGGUCUGUGUACUUCUGGGAAACAGGUCCAUGGGGACGGUGCAUGGGCAGCGACUGUGGCCCAGGUGGCAGCCAAAGCCGGGCAGUCUGGUGUGCCCAUGUGGACGGCUGGACAACGCUUCACACCAACUGUGACCAGGGCCAGCGUCCGUCCAACCAGAGAAACUGUUUUCGUGUGUGUGACUGGCACAAAGACCUUUAUGAUUGGAAACUUGGUGCCUGGAAUAAGUGUGUGCCAGUGUCGGCAAGGACCUUUGGCUCCCCAUGGCCAUUUGCAUGCAGUGGGGGCGAAGAGGGCAUUCAGACCCGAGAGGUGGGCUGCAUACUAAGGUCAGAUGGGUCUCCAGCAGAUGAUGCCAUCUGUGAGUACUUUGAGCCCAAGCCUCGCCUGGAGCAGGCAUGUUUGAUCCCUUGCCCACAGGAUUGUGUGGUUUCCGAGUAUUCACCAUGGACCUCCUGCUCCAAAACGUGUGGAACAGGCCUCAGGAACAGGGUCCGCAGUGUCCUGGUUCCUCCACUUUUUGGAGGCACUGUCUGCCCCAACCUUACCGAGUUUCAGUCUUGUAAACCAGGGCCUUGCACAGGUCCAGAGGGCAUGUACAGUCUCAGGGUUGGACCGUGGAGCCCUUGCACCCUCCCCCUGACUCGAACAGCACGCCAAGCCAAGCGUAGGAAAGGCAAAGGCCAGGGGCUCAGGGAGAGAGUAGGCGUCAAAGAUCCAGAGACCAGGGAACUUAUCCAGAAGAAGCGAACCCGGAAUCGCCUUAACCGGCAGGAAAGUCGGUUCUGGGACAUCCAGGUGGGCUACCAGACACGGGAGGUGACCUGCAUACAUAGGAAUGGGAGCACUGUGGGACGCAACUUGUGCAUACUGAGGGACCUGCCGCUGACUGUCCAGUCCUGUGUCCUUCCCAAGGACUCCCAGGUUACUGAGUGGGGUGAGUGGGGCCCUUGCUCCAAAACCUGCGUGGACCCUGAAUCUCCCAAAGGAAACCGCAUUCGGACCCGAGAGGUGCUCCAGCUCCCAGUGAAUGAGGGGGUAGAGUGCCCUCCACUGGAGGAAUCAGAGUCCUGUGAACCUCAGGGCAAUGGUGUGCCGUCCUGCGCCACUUACACCUGGAGAACCACGGAGUGGAGCGACUGCCGAGUUGACUUGUUGCUAAGCCAACAGGACCGUCGACGUAGCAACCUGACAGGGCUUUGUGGAGGAGGCCUGCAGACCAGAGAAGUUUACUGCAUCCAGGCUAAUGCUGAGCUUCUGAAGCACCUCGACGACCUGAGAGAAAAAGACAAAGCCUCACGCCCAGUGGAAAACAAACUGUGCAAGGGUCCAAUCCCCAGCAGGUCUCAGUUGUGCCAGAUCCCCUGUCCCAUCGACUGUGAGGUGUCACCGUGGGGCGCGUGGGGGCCAUGCACCUUUGAAAACUGUGAUGAUCAGGCUGGAAAGAAAGGAUUUAAACUGAGGAGACGACAGAUCACCAACGAGCCAACAGGAGGACCUGGAAACUGCCCACACCUGGUGGAGGCAGUGCCCUGUGACGAGCCCACUUGUUACGACUGGCAGCUGGUCAGUCUGGAUCAGUGUGUUCCUGAUGAUGAGAAGCCAUGUGGUCCCGGCACUCAGCUCGCACUGGUCCACUGUGUCAACAGCAACGGAGAGGAGGUGGACAGAAGUCUCUGCUUGUCUUCUCCAGCUCCAGAGCCUGUCCCCUGUGAGGUGCCUUGCUCAAGGGACUGCGUCCUCAGUGACUGGACCCCCUGGUCUACCUGCUCUCAGACCUGCUCCAGUAAGACCAUCGAAGGCAAACAGAUGAGGACCCGUUCCAUUUUGGCCUACAACGCCGGAGAAGGUGGAUCCCUGUGCCCAAACAGCAGUGCCCUUCAGGAGGUGCGGAACUGUAAUGAACAUGCCUGUACAGUUUACCACUGGCAGACUGGGCCCUGGGGCCCGUGUACUGAAGACCCUUCUUCUUCAUCCCUCAACAUGUCCAUGAGUACCCACGCCAGCAGCAACAGUCAGGGGCUCUGCUCCAUGGGAUUGCAGACUCGCAAGGUCAUCUGCAUCCGGGUCAACGUAGGACAAGUGCCUCCUAAGAAGUGUCCAGACAGCCCUCGCCCCAACACAGUGAGACCCUGUCAGCUGCCCUGCAAGAAAGACUGUAUUGUGACAUUCAGCGACUGGACACUAUGCCCUGUUACUUGUGAUGCAGCUGGUAAUGCUGUGAAGAGAAAGCAAUCAAGGAAGCGUCUUGUCAUCCAGCUGCCGUCCAAUGGAGGACAGGACUGUCCAGAAGUGCUGGAGGAGGAGAGGGACUGUGAGGUUCCCAAAGUCUGUCCAGGUUUCAGGUGGAAAACCCACAAGUGGAGGAAAUGCCAGCUGGUGCCGUGGUCUCUCAGACAAGACAGCCCAGGUGCUCAGGAGACUUGUGGACCAGGUCUUCAAACAAGAGCUGUGUCCUGCCGCCAGCUGGACGGGAUGCAGGCCGACAUCACAGAGUGUCUGAAAUUUGCUAAGACCAUGCCUACUAUCACUCAGCCCUGCCAGCUCCCCUGCCAGGAUGACUGCCAGCUGACCAACUGGUCCAAGUUCUCAUCCUGCACAGCUGACUGUGUGGGGGUCCGCACUAGAAAGAGGGUAUUGAUAGGGAGGAGCAAGAAGAAAGACAAGUGCAAGAACACACAAAUGUACCCUCUGAGUGAAACCCAGUACUGCCCCUGUGACAAGUACAACGCCCAGCCAGUGGGGAACUGGUCAGACUGCAUCCUGCCUGAAGGAGGCAGAGUGGAGAGCAUCCUGGGAAUGAAGGUCCAGGGAGACAUCAAAGAGUGUGGACAGGGCUACCGCUACCAGGCCAUGGUGUGCUAUGACCAAGACAACAGGCUGGUAGAGACAUCACGCUGCAACAGUCAUGGUUAUAUUGAGGAGGCAUGCAUCAUCCCCUGUCCUUCAGACUGUAAACUCAGUGAAUGGUCCAACUGGUCACGGUGCAGCAAGUCUUGUGGCAGUGGAGUUAAAGUUCGCUCCAAAUGGCUCAGAGAGAAGCCGUACAACGGUGGGCGGCCGUGUCCCAAACUGGAUCAUAUCAACCAGGCCCAGGUGUAUGAAGUGGUGCCAUGUCAAAGUGACUGCAAUCAGUACGUGUGGGUGGCGGAGCCUUGGAGUGUGUGGAAAGUCAGCAGUGUGGACUUAAAAGAGAACUGUGGUGAAGGGGUCCAGACCAGGAAAGUCAGAUGCAUGCUGAACACCAUAGAUGGGCCAUCGGAACCUGUGGAGGACUACCUAUGUGAUCCAGAGGAGAUGCCCCUGGGGGCCAGAGAGAGCCGGCUGCCCUGCCCAGAGGACUGUGUCCUUAAUGACUGGGGCGCCUGGAGCCACUGCAGCCUGCCGUGUACCAGAACCAACAGUCGAGUACGGACGGCAUACACCCUGCGGUCGCCCACUGUGGGGAGGCAAUGCCCAGACACGAUUGAUAAGGAGCCCUGCAGCCUGAACCUCAACUGUUUCAACUACUUCUACAACAUCACAGACUGGAGCACAUGUCAGCUGAGUCCUAAUGCAGUGUGUGGGAGUGGCAUCAAGACCCGGAUGCUUGAUUGUGUUCGCAGCGAUGGAAAGUCUGUUGAUAUAAAAUUCUGUGAGGAGUUGAAUCUGGAGAAGAAGUGGCAGAUGAACAUGUCCUGCAUGGUCGAGUGUCCCGUCAACUGUCAGCUGUCGGAGUGGUCAGUCUGGUCAGAGUGUUCACAGACCUGCGGACUAGAAGGUAAGAUGUGGAGGCAGCGGUCAGUGGUUCAGGCCUCUCAGGGUGAUGGCCGGCCCUGCCCUUCUCAGAUGGAGCAAUGGAAGCCCUGUCCCGUCCGACCCUGCUACCGCUGGCAGUACAGCCCCUGGUCCGAGUGUCGGGUGGAGAGCGUGGUGUGUGGACAUGGCACGCGCUACAGAAACCUGUCCUGCUUCGUCUCAGACGGCUCCAGUGACGGUGAGGGCGGUCUGGUAGAUGAGGAGCUGUGCAGCAGCCUGGAGCUGGCCGUUGAUGGAGACAAGCAGAUCAGUCUGAGAGAGGCCUGUAUCCUUCCAUGCCCAGGUGAAUGCUACCUGAUGGAGUGGUCUGACUGGAGCUCAUGUGUCAGCAUCUGCGUCAAAGGGGCUGGUGUUGACUUUGGCUCGGUUCAGGUUCGCUCCAGAGCCGUGUUGGCCCAGGAACCUGAAAACCUGCAGCUGUGUCCAGACCAAGAGUGGGAAUCUCAGCCCUGCAGCGGGGGCGAAUGUUACGAGUACAAAUGGUUCAGCGGUGUUCGUCCAAACUCCACCCACCUGUUCAUCUGGUGUCAGCGCUCGGAUGGACUCAACGUCACCGGAGGUUGUCCUCCAGUAAACCCUCCAAUUGACAACAGCUCCUGUGACCCUCCCUGUCUCAUGCCAAAGUCUUUCUGCAGCGAGGCUGCUGUUUGCAUGUGCGAGGACGGAUUCACAGAGGUGUUGUCACCUGCUGGGCAGCUGGACCAGUGUGCUCCCAUCCCAGUCCUGGAGAUCCCUACGGCGGGGGACAAGAAGGGGGAUGUGAAGACCAGCCGUGCCACCAACCCCACCCAGCCCACUACCAUUCAGCCCGGACGUCCCGGGCGAACCUGGUACCUGCAGCCCUAUGGACCAGAUGGGAAGCUGAAGAUGUGGGUGUACGGUGUAGCAGCCGGAGCCUUGGUGCUCCUCAUAUUCAUAGUGUCUAUGAUAUACCUAGCUUGCAAAAAGCCAAAGAGACCUCAGAGACAGAGGCAACAGAACAACCGACUAAAACCUCUGACUCUUGCCUACGAUGGGGACACGGACAUGUAGUCCUCUGGGAGACGCUUCACCUGUCAUACCGACCUGCAUCAUCACACCAUGACAGUGAGGGACAUGGAUGUUUGUAGCAUGAAUGGACACAUCAAAGAGCGGAGAAAUUACAGUAAAUCCUCUUAACACUGGAGGGGUUUAGCCGUUGCAAGUAGAGCUCCAUUCACUCCCCUUUUGUUUUCGUUUUAAUAUUUUAUUUUGCAAGGGCCUUCAAGACCUCAGUGAAAUGCCUUUUCUUGCCCCCUACACGUCCACAUUGUGUAAAGAAAAGAUUCGUUUCCAGAGGGCUGGGUGUAGCCAUCUCUAAAUGUGGUGGCGUGAGCGCUAACUCUUCCCCUGUGCUUUUCUGCUUGUCCCUGAAAAUGCUGAGUAGCUGGAGGCUUAGGAUGCUCCGACGGUUCAUACGUUGCCAAAAGUCACCACAGGGAGAAGGAGGGAGAGGAAAAUCUCCAAAAAGGUUUGGAUUCCUUUUUCUCGAUCCUCAACUGGGUUUUGAAUCUCUUCUACAGUCUCCAACAAAAGGAGCCAUUUCCUCUUUUUUUUCUUGAUUCAGAGGCACACGGGCCUGUGUUUGUGGGAUAAACUGAUCUGUACAAUGCUGAUUGCAGGCUGCUCCUCCAAUCACUUGUUCGUGGAAACUACUGCCUGCCUGUCUCCACCCUUGCUUUGUUUCAGGCACUACCUUGCACUAUAUUAGUGCAGCAUGAUAUGCACAUGUGACUUCUACCUUCUAUUGCCAUAACACACUGCCUCUUCCACAGACAGAACCAGAACGGCUAAAGGAGAACGACGGCAACAGGAAAUGAUGCCUAGAUGUGUCACGUUCUACAGAACCGGUGUGAACCUCCAGUAAAUAUACUGUGUAUAAAGUUUAUUUCUCACAACUGAGUUUUUGGUUGUAGUAAAAUACCUUUUGUGGUUUGUAGAGUUCGUCUAGUGUUAAAACUUUAUUCCUGCCCAGAUGCAAUUAAAGAUUUCACUACGAUAUCUACGGGUGAUUUCUUUUAAUGAAUCACCUGAUUUAAACUUUUUUUUACCAAAAUUUCAGAUUGAAUUCAAACCGUUUACUUUUUUACCUACAGUAGUAUGUCGUGGAAAAGCUGACAUUUUGCUGUGACUAAAAGAUCGAUAAAUUUAAAACCAUUCUGUCAUAUAAAUGUCAUUUCUGCCUUACCUACUGAUAACUAAAUACUAACUGUCCUGUAAUACAGUUUAAUACUUGAAGGGGGCAUAGAACAUACAUUAUAAAGAAACUUACUUUUCGUUUGAUGCCACUUAGCAAAGUAUGAUACGGAGUUGUUAAACCUUUUCAUGUAGUCACUGUAUCAUAGGUGCUCUAUCGUCUCUCUGUCACGCUGCAAGGUUAAAUAUGGUAAAAAUAAAACUGUACAAACAAAAUUAUACAUGUUAAUAAGAACAGGCUUCUGCUGAGUUCAGCGUAAAAGCAAACUAGUGUGGAGAAUGUUUCCUUUUUUUGUUGUGGGAUUUGUAAAUAGCAUUUUUUUUUUUCAUUUUUCUUAAGUUUUUUUGGAAAAAUAUCAACGUAUGGCUACAUUUAUUUUGUAUUGCACAGAAAAUGUUUAGUUUGAAUAUUGCAAAGUGGGUGUAUGAUAUCACUGAUUGUUGUUAUCAUGAUGCAAGUGUUAUGGUGUGAAAAAAGAACCGGAAACUGACGAAGGCUCAGCUGUUUUGUACAGGUUGUUUAUAUGUAUGGCAAGAAUAUCUGAAAAUAAAUGAGGACACAGUUGUAAA